UCCACAGCGUUUGUUCAAAAUUUUCUAGGAAACGGCAUUGUGAAAAAGUACGUUUACUCGUUAUUUGACAGAAACAACAAAUUGACGGGAUUACUGUAAACCUGAUUAUUUCAGAAGCAAAAUUUCGGGACUCUCCCUCAAAAUAUCGACCGUCUAUAAUCUUUUUUAUUUCGAUUUUGCGAGCAUUCUUGUACAGAAUCUGUUUAUUUGGAUCAAAUAAAUAAAUACCCUUUCGGGCAUAUUAAUAAUGGCGACUGAGAUUGAUGGAAGCUCAGAAUUACCAGAUGCAAGCGUGCGGAACAUAGUCGAACAAGAUCGGCUAAAAUGGAUUUUUGUGGGAGGCAAAGGCGGCGUGGGAAAGACCACGUGCAGUUCAAUGCUGGGAAUUCAGCUUGCCCGAGUGCGCACCUCAGUCUUAAUUAUUUCAACAGAUCCUGCUCAUAAUUUGAGCGAUUCAUUCCAGCAGAAAUUUACCAAAACGCCCACUUUAGUGAAUGGAUUCUCGAACUUAUUUGCCAUGGAGGUGGAUCCUAAUGUGGAUAGUGAUGAAUUAGCAAAUUUUGAAGGAAUGGGCAAUUUUGUGACAGAGUUGGCAAAUGCAAUUCCUGGCAUAGAUGAGGCAAUGAGCUUUGCUGAGAUGCUGAAGUUGGUACAAACAAUGGAUUAUUCGGUUAUAGUGUUCGAUACUGCUCCAACUGGCCAUACAUUACGAUUGCUACAAUUUCCUUCCACUUUAGAGAAAGGGCUAGGCAAAAUGAUGGCACUUAAGAACAAAUUUGGAGGUCUAAUAAGCCAGGUAUCUGGACUUUUUGGUGUAGAUGAUGAGUUUGGAGAAGAUGCUUUAAUGGGAAAACUUGAAGGCAUGAAAGAUGUGAUAGAGCAAGUCAACAAGCAGUUUCGAGACCCAGAUUUAACGACAUUUGUUUGUGUUUGCAUCCCUGAGUUCCUUUCCCUUUACGAGACAGAGAGAUUAGUACAAGAACUUGCAAAGUUCGAGAUUGACACACAUAAUAUAAUUAUCAAUCAGAUUCUUUAUAAUGAAGAAGGUGUAGAAUCGAGGCUACUCAAAGCACGUAUGCGUAUGCAACAGAAGUACCUCGACCAGUAUUUAAUGUUAUAUGAAGAUUUCCACAUCACUUUACUACCAUUGUUACAUGAAGAGGUCUGUGGAGUGGAAGCCUUGGAGCAUUUUUCAAUUAAUCUUCUUACUCCAUACAAAUCGUUAUCAGAUAAUGCGAAUCCAGCAGAAAGUCUAGAGGAGUUGGAACAAAGAGUAUCCAAUUUGCGACUUCAAUUAAAGGAAGCUGAGAGCAAGCUAGACAAACUGAGAAAAGGGAAACAAAAAAUUUAACAAGUCUUAAUUUCCUAGUGUUUUAAUGUAUUUCAUAGUUUAUUUCAGCUAAAUUCUUAGGGUUUAUCAUCUGUAGAAGCAAAACCUGGGCAAAUCACUAGGGUUUAUAGUGAGAGUUGGUCCCCAAUUCUUACAAUAUUUCUCCACCAAGUCCAGCAGCCCUACUCUUAGUUUGUAAUGACAUUUGUUGAUUAGUGUUUUUCAGCAGCAUCAUUUGCCUCAAUAUUCUGGGAUUAAGAUUUGUUGUGAUUAUCUCAAUAUCUGUUCAAUCCUUGCAUCUAUUUCAUGGGGAAUCAUUCAGUUGAGCAUAAAUGCUAAGGGAAGGAAUCUGCAAGUCAAUGAGACAUGGGGAUAAUUUGUGUGUGUUAGAGAGCAUCGUUCAUACUCCAUAUUGAGCAUCAUAAUGUGUCAUAAAUUUUUGCCUGUUGCGUUUAUGUUCAAGCAACUAAAUUUUGUAAAAUUAUUUAGUUAGCAGAAGGAUUCUAAUUUAUGUUUUCGAAGCCUCGUUUCCAGAGUUGUAACUGAAGUUGUUAUUGGUUCAAUUUAUGAACAAAAUGGAGAUUGUCUCAUUUGUAA